AUCAAGUCGUCUUACUACUCUGAAGUAUUAUCUUUUUUUUUUGUUUUCGUUGAUAAAAAUUGUGAAAAAAAAGAAUGAGUCAAUCCGGUCUUGGUGGGAAUAAUUAGUGUUUAGAUACACUUCGAACGAAGACGAAAAACAGAAAUAGCACGCAGCGUGUGAAAAACGGUGCAUACAGACGUGUGCAUACACGAAAACGAUGUCACAUCUACCAACACCUUUAUACGGAUUCGCGAUAGUUUUCUUGAUCUUCUGGUGUGGCACCUGGUGUGUUCAUCUGUGCGCUCUAUGCUAUGGAAAAUUCAAAUUACAUAAAAAAUCGUGUAAGUGCCCCAAUGAGACGCCGCUGCCGGGUGUGUCCAUACUCAAACCCCUUAUGGGAGUCGACGCGAACUUGGAGCACAAUCUAGAAACAUUUUUCAACAUGGAUUACCCCGUGUACGAGCUACUGUUUUGCGUGGAGGACAAAAGUGAUCCCGCAGUAAAGAUUGUGGAGGGUUUGAUAGCAAAGUACCCGCAAGUGGAUGCACGAUUAUUUUUGGGCGGUUCAAAUGUUGGCGUCAACCCCAAAAUCAAUAAUAUGAACCCAGCCUAUGAGGUGGCAAAGUACGAGUUUGUGCUGAUAUCGGACAGUGGUAUAAAAAUGAAAAACGACACUUUAUUGGAUAUGGUGUAUCAUAUGGGUGAUAAAUAUGCAUUGGUGCAUCAAAUGCCGUUUACCUGUGAUCGCGAGGGCUUUGCAGCCACAUUCGAGAAAGUCUUCUUUGGCACGGUGCAAUCGAGAAUAUACUUAUCAGCCGACUUCCUCGGCAUCAAUUGCCAUACGGGGAUGUCGUGCUUGCUACGGAAGGCGGUGAUUGAUAAACUCGGAGGUCUCAAGACGUUUGGCUGUUACUUGGCAGAGGAUUUUUUCAUAGCCAAAGCCAUCACAGACCAGGGGUGGAAGAUGCGCAUAAGUAAUCAGCCUGCCAUGCAAAACUGCGGUACGUGCGACAUCAGCACUUUCCAAGCAAGACUUAUACGCUGGGCCAAACUGCGUGUGGCAAUGGUGCCGACGACCAUCCUAUUGGAGCCCUUGUCGGAGUGCAUGGUUCUGGGCGCAUUGGCUGCCUGGUCUGCCACAAUAGUCUUCAAAUGGGAUCCCUUGGUUUUCUAUUUGGUGCAUAUACUAACAUGGUUUCUAUCCGAUUGGCUAUUGCUGUCCAUUGUUCAGAAUGGAUCGUUGACAUUUCACAAGUUUGAGUUUGUGAUUGGUUGGUUGUUUCGCGAACUGAGCGGACCCUAUCUAUUCCUGCAUGCCCUAUGGAAUCCAGCGAUUAGAUGGCGAACCCGCACUUACAAGCUGCGUUGGGGCGGCAUAGCCUACGAACUGCCGGAAUCCUGUAGUAGUAGUAAUAGUAUUAGCAGCAGCAAAAGCAGCAGCAGCAGUUUCCAAACAAAUCUCAGUAGCAAGCGUCUAUUGAUAUCGUAGCAUAAGGUCAUCAUCUUCUAUUUUGUUUCAUCAAUUUGAUUGCAUACCUUCCAGUCCAGAGGGGUAUGUAGCGACACACACACACACUCAUAAACACACAGACGAAUUAGCAUUUUCUUGUCAUCAUACAAACAUCAUUCUUUUGUUUUUGUCAUUUGUUUUUUUUUUGCAAUGAAUUUUGUUAUCACUUAAAUUCUUUUUUUUUUAUAUUGUGUGUUAGCCCAUAUAGAAAAAUAAUUUAUUUUUAUUUUAUUUUUGUGCAUCUUCUAAUUUAAAUUCCUAAGGUAUUCAAUAAGCUCUAUGUGUAAGUAGGUAAGAUUUUGAAACAAAUGAAAUCGUAAACAAACAAUACAUUUAUGAAUCAAAUAUUCAUUUUCGAAAUAGUAACGAUAUCAGCAAACAACCGUCAAAGACGCCAUCAACAAACACCGUAGCGAAUUAAAUGAAACGAAACAAACAAAUAAACAAACGACUGCACGACACUUAACAUAACCUACGCCCUCAGUUCUUCCUCCCCCGAACACAAGGCAACAAAACAAAACAAAAUACAACAGCCUACCACACCCCACCCAACCCCACAAUACACCACUUACACGUGAACAUAUUUAACACAUACUCGCGCAAAACAGAAAACCGAGCAAGUGAAGCCACCUAAAUUUAUAUAUAUGAAAUUUUCACAGUAAGAUCAGUUGAGAUGAUGUUUUAGCCACAAAUGGGGCAAAAAUAUAUCAGUUUUUGCAAUGCAAAGGUUUUUACGCUUGAAAAAUAUUAGUUUUGUUUUUGUGUUUUGUAGAUAUUUAAAUUAAAUACAUAUAUACAUACAUCCAAACAUCCAUAUACAUACGUUUAUAGAAAAAAGUAUUAGGUUAUUUUAGCUCAGAUAUUCCAAAAAAACAAGUUUUUUAAACGCUUUAGUAUUUAAGUACUAGUGACAUGAUUUUUUGCUACUCCUAGAAUUCAAUAUUUCGAUUAAGAAAUAAAUGAAGAAACAACAACUUCAAACAAUAACAAACAAAAAACAAUCUUGCAAUAUAUCAAACCAUAUUAUUACCAUUAUUAUAAUUAAUACUCAUCAUUAUGAACAAAUCAAAUACAGUGGAGAUUGUUUAUGGCUAAACACAA